CUUACUCCACUUCUUCUUUCUCUCUCUCACUUUCUCUCUCUUCUGCAACCCAAAAAAGAGCAGUGUCUCUCUCUCUGUCUCUCUAAAAAGCAGCCACUUUCUCUCUCUAAAGCUUUUCGCUCACUCUUUCUUUCUCUCCAAGCGCCAGAAGCGUGGUUCUAGAUCGAGUCAGUUCCUGGUUUUCUGUGAUUUUACUCGGAAGGUCCUUCGGUCAUGGCCAUGAAAAUUUGAGGAACUGCUUUUGGGGUGAGAGAAUGCGGAGCAAGAGGUGAGGUUUUAUGAUUAGAAGUUUAAUUGUGGUGUCAAUUUUUGAGCAUGGGGGCUGCUUGUUGUGUGGCUGUUAAGGAGAAGACUAUAACAAAUGGGUCGACUAGUGAAAUUUUGCAUCGGAACAUUCGAUGUUCCCCAACAUGGAGCUUUCGAUGGGAUCAUAGAGGACGGGUUGCUGGAGAAGAGACUUCAAUGAGUUGGUUUUCUGAUGGGGUCAGCAGGAAUGAUGGAUCUGAAUCUAAAUUUGAAUCAGCAUAUGUUUCAGAGGAAGGAAGUCCAUUAGAACAUUCUCGAAGGCGUACAUCCCAGAAGUCCUCAUUUUCAGAGGGAGCUGCUGGGCAUUCAAGAACUCCUGCCUCAGAUAAACCUAUUAGAAGGAAUGCUUCAAUGGAUGCAAGUCUAGAACAGCCAAAGGAGUUAACUGAAUCUCCUACAGUCUCGUAUCCAUCUCCUGCAAAGUUAUCAGUUUCAUUACCAUCUACUUCAUCCUUUGCUGCAUCCCCUUUGUCAUCCCAAGGACAAGUUCUUCCAGCCAACUCAACCCCUUCGAGGUGGCCUCGGCAUUCUCCUGUACAUCAGCUGUCAAGGCAAGAAUCUGACACACAAAUCCCAGGGUUUAAAUCACCAAAUAGCUAUUCUGUUUCUGAAGAAAGGGCAGCUCUUCCCUCUUGGAGCAAUGAAUCAACUAGGGGCUCCCGAGGAGGGUCUUCAGAUGGUUGGUCCAUGAAUGCAUUUUCUGAGCUCAUGGCUAAUUCCAAUAGAGAAAGGUGGUCUUUUGAUAGUGAGUCAUUUGGUUUUAACCGUGAAAAGAUGACUAGAGCUGGUAGCCGAAUUUUAGCCUCUCCUUCUGCUGAUUUGCAAUCGUGUGGUGUUUGCUCAAAGCUUUUGACUGAGAGAUCUUUAUGGAGCAGCCAAAAGAUUAUUGCUUGUAAUGAGCUCUCUGUUGUUGCUGUCUUAGUUUGCGGUCAUGUUUAUCAUGCUGAGUGUCUGGAAAAUAUGUCACCUGAAAUUGACAAAUACGAUCCAGCUUGUCCAAUUUGUACUUUUGGGGAGAAACAGACCCAUAAAUUGUCAGAGAAAGCAAUAAAACAUGAAAUAGAUUCAAAGGCUAAAAACAGGAGAUUGAGGAACCGGGUUGUGGAUCUUGACGGUGAUACUGUCGUGUUUGAUCAAUCUAAAAGCAGUGGAAAUCAUGGAAAAGGUCCGAUAAUGGCAUCCAGUUCCAGCAUGAAAAGCUCCCUGGGGAAGCCUUUUCUGAGGCGCCACUUCUCAUUUGGUUCAAAGAGUGCUCGAGCCCUAUCAGAUAACCAUGCUCCCAGAAAGAAGGGUUUUUUCUGGGCCAAAUCAAGCAAGAUGUGAGCUAUACUUGAAAGCUUUUUGUGGGAGGUUAGCAUCUCUCUUCUCCCACACAGUAUUGCUUACACCAGUAGAUUAAACACAGUAGAGAUUCUUACUUGUUGCUUGGAUAAUUAAUUAGUUCACACGCGUCGGUAUCUUAUUGUCCCCCUCGGCUUUGUUGGGAACUGAGCUAUGUUGUUGAGCUAAAGUUAUGAUUUUAUCAAAGUUUACAAUUGGUCAAUGAGACCCGAGAUUGUGAAGAAUUCAGAAGUCAUUUAUUCAUCUCUGAAAACAAGAAACAAAAAAACUUGCAUUAGCUUACAAACUCAGAAUUCAACUUGUGGGACUACACUGUAAAGUUUGUUCGAAAGAAAAAGAAAGAAAAAGUAUUCUAUAGAAGAAACAGUUCUUUAUUAUAGUGGGGGAAAACCAAAUGAAAAAUGGGUCUUAAAGUAGAGAGUUGAAUCGGUUUUCAUGGGAUUUGUAAUCUCAUUCAUGUAUGUAUAUAUAUAUAUAUAUAUUAAUUUGUUUCAUGCCCGCUCACGCAUGCAUGAUCUUUAUUAAAAUGAACCUUUUGUGUAGGUCAUGAACCUUUUGACCAAGGACUACUAAAUAUGCCUUUUCUAUCUA